CGAACUGGCUCUACACAUUUGAAGCACUUAAAUAGAUCAGUAACGAAGCGAACCCCGACCAGUCGAAAGCCUUCUGAGCCUCGUUGCAGAGCUACGAGCUGUAAACUUGGCAGCACACUGACCAAUGGCAAAGAGUUCAGCACCAAACUGUCCGAGAUUUUGAUGGCCGGUUCUCCGCCUUUACAUGUUUACGAGCACCACAGUUAUCCCGGAAGUGACAAACGAAUGGCCUACGUGCUUUUGAUAUUGAAUAUUUACACCAUGCAUCUCAUUAUUUUUCAGUCACCCGCAGAAUUAUUUGGGUUGGCCCCGGGACAAAACCCAGACCAAGGUAGUAGGCGAUUCUUCUCGCGAAUAACUUUUAAAAUAGUAACCAACGAGUGUUCCUUCAGUACGGAUUUCUCGUUUGGGUGA